GGACAUCCUUGUAAUGCAGAGGCGAUUUUGAUGUAGAAAGGCAUUUAUGUGGGUUACCUGCAAUUGUCGAUCCUACGCCAGUGUCCUUCACAGAUCUACUCGGUAUAUCAGAACGUCGCUUUCUGGGUGGAACAAAUCCUUGAGGGUCACCAAACAUUUCGAAGGCGCGAGUACGCAUCGUCGAAUUGUUAAAAACGAAAUACCUUCAAUUGGAGGUUGCGAAAAGCUGUAACCAGGAGAGAGUGGUGAGAGUUCCUUUCCAGGAUACUUUCUCAGUAUAAAGAUGUCACCACUUUGCCCAGAAACCGAACAAGGUCUCCAAUGCAACACUGCAAAUAUUGCUGGUGGUAUUUACCGCACCGCUCUCCUUGACGAAAAUGAGAGGUUUCCAGGAUCGGAUCAACGUCCACCCACCAAUUUCGUCCAUAAUUCGGACGCACGGCCCAAUUCCCGAAUUGGUCGUCACACCGGUCGUAAAAUCAGCCCCUCCGGUAUCAGCGACUCUACUUCAUACUUGCACCUGCGUCAGCGCAUUGCAAGUAGGCCGGGUGUAAAUGGCGCUACGCCGCUUGCCCGCAUCAUAUCUCCCAGUGCUCCUCUCAGCUCGGUUCCACCACCGACAACGACCAUCAUAACUGACGCUCUUUAUGUUCUUUGCCUCUAUCGAACGCUGCUGAUCUUUGCGUCGCACGGCCGGACAUCUUUGGGCCUAUUGCACUUCAUCCUCGUCUUCUUGCCUCUGCACACAACUUAUAUCCUUCUCAUCUGCGAACACGAUCGAUAUUUCGCCCGUGAUGACAUGCUCCAUACGAUUUACACGGGUGCCCGUAUCAGUAUACUUUUCGGGGCUGCAUUCACCGCACCAGGGGUUUUCAACAUUGUGAAUGGUACAUGGCGAGGCUUUUGUGUAUUUAUCAUCGCUGGUCGCGCGGCUCAUACAAUCACGCACAUUAUCGCGGCAAUAUAUGAAAAACCGUGUGCUACGAGAAGCUGGUGGUUAGUUUCCGUAAGAGCUGCCACAGUUCUUGCCCCUUGCAUCUUGUGGGCUGUUAGUUUGGGUUUGGGGGACCAAGAUCGAAGAAUUUGGGACAUUGUAUCGGGAUUAGCUGUGAUCCUCGAUCAAGCCUGCUUGAUUGCUCUGGGGAUUGCAGAAGCUCGUAUGGAAACGGGCGCCGUGAAUACGCAUCACCUAUCUAUCGACGAUGAAGUUAUGUUUGAAACAGCUUCUCACCGAAGCAGAAUCGGAUUAUGCACAUCGUUACUGAUUGCGGCUGGGGUUAUCGGCAUCUUUGAGACGAGGCCUUAUAUCGACGUCCCCGCGAGCCUAACGGCUAUUUCACUAUAUCCGCGAAGUCUUAUAUCUGCUAUUGUAGGUCUCUGCAUUUUGUAUGCCAUGGAACGAUUAUAUUUUCUGUGCAGUUCCCAUAGGGGGAUCUGGCUGGACUCGACAGCCAUCAAUCGGUCUGGGAUUAUUCCCCGGCAUUCACGAGAUGCACAAUCGGAAGCUAUGAAAAGAGACAUUUCCCCCAUUCGCUCUUUCUUUUGGGAGUACCUCCACAUCCCCCUCCAUGUGUCUCUAAUGAUAGCAAUUUACGGGUUGCACGGAAUGCUCAAACUUGUAUACGAGUAUAUACGUGAGCAGCCAACAUUCAGUUACGACCCACCGCCAAACCCGCCAUUUGUUUCGGGAGCUCAGGCCGCUCAAAAUCUGAGCAGUUCGGCCCAAGACCUGUCGAAUAAGUUUGCAGCGAAUCAGUCAAUGCCGUAUGCGGUGUCAUUGUUUUCGGUCAAUCCUGUGACUGGUGGAAGCUCACGACUAGUGAAUGUAUCCUCAUGGACUGAAGUUCAAUUGUUCUCGAUUGGAUUGGGAGUGGUAAUGCUAUGUUUGGCGCUGAUCGGUCUCUUGGAUGUUGGAAAAUCAUCAAAACGACAUUGGUCAUCCUUUGUGGUAAGGAUUGGCAUUGGUGCUUUGGUAUCAAUUCCCGCAUUUUUGGAAGCGGGUGCUGUAGCCAGUCUUGGUAGCAUUGGCAGCUUACUUGUUCUGGCCGCAGUCAUUGGAGACGCUCUGAAUUCGUAAUGUAGUGAUUUUGUUGUCAUUUUGUGGUAGUUGUGUUCUUCCUGACCAACCGUGACGGAUAAAGUGCUGUAGAUAUUGCAAUGUGCUGGAAACUGUCAAUAUAAAAUCAAAUCCUCAAACAUACCGG